CGGGCCGCGGCGGCCACGACUGGGAGACUAGGAAGGCUUCCGGGGCCGGCCUGGCCGCUUAGAGCUGCUGUCAUGGCGGCCGCGCUGUGGGGCUUCUUUUUCGUCCUUCUGCUGUUGCUUUCAGGGGAUGCCCAGAGCUCGGAGCUGCCUGGGGCUACUGCCGAUGGGUCAGGAGGGAUUGGGGCCGGCAUAGGAGAUCGCUUCAAGAUUGAGGGACGUGCGGUUGUUCCAGGGGUGAAGCCCCAGGAUUGGAUCUCGGCGGCCCGAGUGCUGGUAGACGGAGAAGAGCACGUCGGGUUCCUUAAGACAGAUGGGAGUUUUGUGGUUCAUGAUAUACCUUCUGGAUCUUAUGUAGUAGAAGUUAUAUCUCCAGCUUACAGAUUUGAUCCUGUUCGAGUGGAUAUCACUUCAAAAGGAAAAAUGAGAGCAAGAUAUGUGAAUUACAUCAAAACAUCAGAAGUGGUCAGACUGCCCUAUCCUCUCCAAAUGAAAUCUUCAGGCCCACCUUCUUACUUUAUUAAAAGGGAAUCAUGGGGAUGGACAGACUUUCUAAUGAACCCAAUGGUUAUGAUGAUGGUUCUUCCAUUACUGAUAUUUGUGCUCCUGCCCAAAGUGGUCAACACAAGUGAUCCUGACAUGAGACGGGAAAUGGAGCAGUCAAUGAAUAUGCUGAAUUCCAACCAUGAAUUGCCUGAUGUUUCUGAGUUCAUGACAAGACUCUUCUCUUCAAAAUCAUCGGGCAAGUCUAGCAGCGGCAGCAGUAAAACAGGCAAAAGUGGGGCUGGCAAAAGGAGGUAGUUGGACAGUCCAGAGAUAACAUUUGCACAGACAUGGCAACACUGGGUGACAUCCAAGCCUUGAGGGAAAACCGUGAAGCAACUACUGUAAACUUGAGUCAUCCUUAAAGUUGAUCUCUUAUAACUGUCCUGUCUGGUAAUUCUGUAGCACGUGUUUUGUACUUGGUACAUAAGAAAACCCAGGUUUCAUCUUUUGUCUGUAUGAGGUCAAUAUUGAUGUCACUGAAUUAAUUACAGUGUCCUAUAGAGAAGAUGACAUUAAUAAAUUAUAUGAAGUACUAUACAUUAUGUAUAUUAAAAUGUCUUAAUCCAGAGGUAGAAUUAUCUUGUCAUUUCUUCUUCACUCGAUGUUUCUUUUAUUCCGGACAGUUUUCUUCUUUCAUUAUAUGAGAUUUGAAAUUGACCUUUCCUGUUUAAGAAGUGGUUGCUAUUUUUAGAGCAGCAUGCACCAUUGUUGUUGUUGGGGUUUUUUUUGUUUUUAUUUUUGUUUUUGUUUUUUUGUAGCCAGACCUUUGAAAAUUAUCAACCCUGCCUUGCAUUUUAACAUUUCCUGAUGAUGGAGGUAGAACCAAAUUCUGAUGUCGUUUUAAUUGUUGUUAUUACAGUUAGUUUUAGAGUAUGGAUAUAUGAAUUAGAAUAGAUGUUACCAGUUUUCAAGUUUUUGUUACCAUCAUUGGGAUCCACUGAGUGUCAGCUAUGUGCUGUACUUUAAGGUGGGAUUCAGAGCUGGAGAAUAUCCAGUGCCUGUCCUCCAUAGAACUUAUUACGGAAGGAGAAAGCACAAAUAAUACCAGGGAAUGCAUAGCAGGGGAAGGAAGUGCAGCAGUAGGAGAGCCUUCGCAGACUCAGGAUGGAAAAUUAACCUUAGAGCGCCAUGUCGUAAUGUUGGUAGUGUAGCACAGGUACCUUCUAAAUCUCCAUUGAUUCUCAGAGUUAUUGGAAUAUAAAUAUUAUUUUCCAGUCAGGAUUAUCUCAAAAAUGUUUUAUGUCAAUAAGUUAUAAAAAUUUCAUGCCUUUUCUUUUGUUUUUUAAUUAAAAAGGAACUCUGAGACUAUUAUAGUAUUGCUCUGGUAAAGGUCUCCUAUCCUCUUCUGUGAUAAAGAACUCCCCUAUUGCUUUCUUUAGGUUAUUAAGUCAGCCAAAAGGACACACACACCAAAAAAAAGAUUGAUUCCAAACUCUUAUUUACCCUUUUGUAGUAGGUACGACUGUUCAUUUUGAAAUGAGUUUCACAGGUUUUCUUUUAAAGACAUAAGUUUUGAUACAGGACAUUUUAUUAACUGAUAUAGUGUUUGUAUUAUUAUAUGCUAAAGUUACCAAACUGGUUAAGCUGUGAAGAUUAAGGUGGAUAAACUGGGUAAUGGUAGAACUCGGUAGAUCUUUGAAAAUGGAGUCAUUUAUUGAAAAUAACUAAAAUAUUAGAAUGCUAGUUGAAUGAAAGUUGCAAUUUAAAGGAGACAGAAUAUAGUGAGAGUCAUACUUGUGUGACUGGAAAUCAUCUUGAAAAAUUUCAAAAUUUUGAUUGUCAAAAUUUGCACAUAGAAUAUCUAAUAACCAGAAAAUUAGAAAGAACUUUCAAGGAAAUUAUCAUUUCAUAUCCUGAUUAAGAAAGUUUGUGGUUAUUUUACAUAGAUUCUAAAACCAUCUGAAUAUAAUAUAUAUACAUCCCUUAUCAUAUUAUAGAAUAUUAUUGUAUCAGUUAUAUAUGAAAAUCCUAUCUUUGCAUAGAACCUUCAUCAAAUGCUUAUUGUGCUUACAGGUGCAGAAAUCAUUAUAUUUUAUGAGACAAUAUUGGGUUCAGUGCAAAGAGACUGUUUAGCUGCUAACUUGUAUUUUGUGACUUUGGGCAAGUCACUUCCCUCUUUGAACCAUGUUUUAUCUUGUUCAUUAUUGUAUUUCCAGCAUUGAGCAUAUAUAGGCACACAAUAAAUGUUUUUUGAAUGAAUAAAUUAA